AUGGCCUCAGUAAAUACAACAUCGCAAGUUGGUGGAUCGUGUUUGCCCUCCCCAAGCAAAACGAUCCCCAAGCUCGAACCUCGCCGUCGUCGCCCCGGCCCCUCCAACCCUACGCCUCGCCCCGAGACACCCGCGUUACCUUCGCCGCCCGACCUCCACGAUCAUACAUACAAGGUCCCUUCGAGAAGGAUUUUAUCCCAGAAAGACCAUGAAUUAUUUCUCUCGUCGCCCACCUACAGCCUUGUUCUUGCUUUUGUCUUCAACCUCUCCGAAUCCGUCGAAGAUGCACCUCGAUCUGCCGUCAAAGACAGCGAAAUCAGCACUACACUCCAGGCAAUUCUGCGAAUACUCGAAGAAGCUGACAAUCUUGUCAAGGAGUCGCCACCAGAUGAUCAAGGCGGCUCGCGCUUUGGAAAUAAGGCCUUCCGAGUAUUCCUGGAUUUGGUAAAGGAUAAGGCUACCGUAUGGCAGAGUCAGCUGGGCAUCAGCACGGCGGCGAACGAUGAAGUGGCGGUCUACUUGGAACACUCUUUUGGAAACAGGAUGCGAAUAGACUACGGUUCUGGACAUGAGCUCAACUUUAUCAUGUGGCUGUUGUGCCUUUACCAGCUUCGAAUCAUCGUCAAAGAUGACUUUCGGCCCCUUGUGCUCAAGGUCUUUGCGCGAUAUCUGGAACUCAUGCGCAACGUACAAUUAACGUAUUAUCUGGAGCCCGCGGGCUCUCAUGGAGUCUGGGGUUUGGAUGAUUACCAAUUUCUACCCUUCUUAUUUGGCGCUUCGCAACUUCUCCAUCACCCCUUUAUCACGCCGCUGGCGAUCCAUCAGGAUCUCACGCUUGAGGAGUUCAGCCACGAUUUCCUGUAUCUCGGCCAGGUCAAUUUUGUCAACGAUACCAAGACGGUUAAGGGCCUGCGAUGGCACAGUCCUAUGCUGGACGAUAUCUCUGCCGCCAAAUCCUGGACCAAGGUGGAAGGGGGCAUGCGUCGGAUGUUUGUUGCGGAGGUUCUGAAAAAACUGCCUGUCAUGCAACAUUUUCUCUUUGGCUCGCUCGUGCCGGCGGUGGAUGGCAUGAGCACAGAGCAAGACUUCGGGAUGGAGAACGAUGAGCAUGAGGGGGGAGGGUGUAGGAAUUCGCCUGGGAACGUUGGCAAGCACAAGCACCAGCAUGUGGGCUGGGGCGAUUGCUGUGGCAUCAAGGUCCCGAGUAGUGUUGCUGCGGCACAGGAGAUGAAGAAAAAGGGAGUUCGCGAGUCUCUUCGUAGGAUACCAUUUGAUUAG